AUGCCUGCCGCCAUCUCCCCAACGCUGCCACCCACUGGCAUCACCAAGUUUACUAACUGUCGUCUCCUAAAGCGAGGCGAUCUUGUCUGGGAGGACCUGUGGGUCAGCUCGGCCACCGGCAAGAUCGUUGACAGCCAGGCUUCCUUCUACGGCGAACUCCAUCUCCCUGAUUCGACCAUCGACCUUGGUGGGCGCAUCAUCGCCCCUGGUCUGAUCGAGUGCCAGCUGAAUGGAGCUUUUGGCUUCAACUUUUCGACCCUGCUGGACGACAUGUCCGAAUAUGGCAAAAACAUGGAGGAGGUCAAUCGCCUACUGGUCAAGACAGGGGUGACAUCGUACAUCCCGACAAUCACGAGCCAGCGCCCCGAAAUGUACCAAAAGGCACUCCCGUAUCUGGGCCCGUCUGGGGAACGGCGCAUCGCCUAUCAUGGGGCCGAGUCGCUCGGCGCUCACUGCGAGGGUCCGUUCCUGAGCCCCACCAAGAACGGCGUCCACAAUGUCGACGUCCUCUUACAGGCGCAGUCUAUUGAGGACCUCGAGCGAUGCUAUGGUCGCGAGAACAUGACUCCUCGUCAAGAUGGAACCAAGUUGCCCAUCAAGAUGAUCACUGCCGCCCCCGAGCGAGGACAGAUGAUGAGCCUCAUCCCCGAGAUCACGUCGAGGGGCAUCAUCUAUUCUGUUGGCCACACCGAGGCCACAUAUGAGGAAGCAUCCCAAGCAGUUAGCAAUGGUGCCAGAAUGAUUACUCACCUCUUCAACGCUAUGCGCCCUCUGCAUCACAGAAACCCGGGCGUCUUUGGUGUUCUGGGCAAGGCCGAGAGCUUGCCAAGACCCUUCUUCGGCAUCAUUUCUGAUGGCAUCCACUUACACCCCACGACCAUCAAAAUCGCCUACAACGCGCACCCUGACGGCUUCAUCCUCGUCACGGACGCUAUGCAUCUUGUCGGUCUCCCAGAUGGAGCUUACCCAUGGACCAAUGGGGAAGGUACAUGCAAUAUUAUUAAGAAGGGAUCCAAGUUGCUGCUCGAGAACUCGGACACGAUUGCCGGAAGUUCGAUUACGCUGCUCGAGUGCGUCAACAACUUCAUGCAAUGGACGGGAGCAGGCAUUCCGCAGGCUCUUGGGGCAGUCACCUCGACGCCUGCUGCCAUGCUCGGAUUGCAAGGAGUCAAGGGCACACUGGACUCUGGUGCCGACGCCGACCUCGUGAUUCUAUCCGAGAACGCUGUGAGUCAGGGCGAGGUUGGAGGAGCCUACCAUCGCCUUGUUCUAGACGAGGUGUGGAAGUUUGGCGAGAGAGUCUCUCGGGCUGAAAAGGGCGGAAACUUCAUGUGA